CGGGGCACGCGGGGGAAGAAAGGGACAAUACGUGUCUGCGUGUGGGAGCAGUUCUGUGUUUGGUGGGGUCUGCGUUAGGAGCCACUAUAUUUGGGGUUGUGUGGAUAUUACAGGUGCAACUUUUUCUUCAGGUCGAAAUGGGAGCUUUACUUUAUGUUUGUGUUCUGGCUUGCACUUUUUUCGUUUCUCAAGCAAAUGGACUCAAAACUUACCGGGACAUGUUCCCUCACAAGCAUUCAUUGUCGAUGAAGUUCCCGCCGAUCCCCGGUUGGAACCCAGACAGCAACCCGUGGGAUGACUAUCUCUACCCGCCCUUCGGUCCCAAGGAACUAACGCGGAGAAAAGGUAAGCCCGUCAAAGUGCGCCUGACCAGCGACAGUCCGGCAAUCAACGGUUCUGUGGUGUCAUUCACUGCCAAGCUAGAGUACCCGCCAUGUCAGAAGGAGGACGCCAACGGGGAACUGGUGUGGGAUGAUCACUGUCUGGAUGGUAUGGAGCUGGAGGCCUCAGCUAACAGUCAACUUAAGUCUGGCUAUGUGUUUAACUGGACCUCCUGGCUGGAUGACUAUGGCUUUGGAAAGUGUACUGACCUGAAGAGAUGUAAGGUCUUCCCAGACGGGAAACCCUUCCCUCAGAGCAAUGACUGGAGACACAAGGGCUACGUCUAUGUAUGGCACUCUAUGGGUCAGUACUCUGAGACGUGCGAUGGCUCCUCCUCCACCCUGACAGUGAACACCAGUGACAUCACUCUUGGGGCGGAGCUGAUGGAGGUCAUGGUGUACAGGAAACGCGAGCGCAGGAAGUACAGCCCCCUGGCCACCGACAAGGUCGUCUUCUUUGUCACAGACAAGAUCCCAGUGGCUGUGAAUAUUUCCCAGAAGGCAUCAGCCAACCUGUCGGAGAGCGUGUUUGUGCGUGGCGAGGACGUGGUGUUCAGUGUGUCGGUUCACGACCCCAGUAACUACCUGAAGACCGCAGACGCCGUCGACUACAUCUGGGACUUCAAGGAUGGCAACCAGCUGGUCACCCAUAGCAACGUAGCCACUCACACCUACAGUGCGGUUGGAAAUGUCAACGUGAAGUUGAUGGUGGAGGCGGCGUUCAAGAUCCCGUGUCCCCCGGCCAUGCCGACGAGUGUUACCUCGCCGAAAACUACAGCAGCCCCCACACCUACCCCUGGCACUCACGCCAUCACUCGCAAAAUGGAGACAACCCAUGGUUUUGUGCCAGUCACCACUGCCAGACCCGCCCCCAACACACCUGUUCCUAUGACUACGGGCUUCCCAACAACGGAGCCCCUCCCGACGACGGUUGCUGACGUGGCCUUGGCUCUUUUCAACCCGAUACAACUUUUCGCCCAGUUCUUGCUAGCUGGCCCCACCCCCAUGUCCCUGCCCGCUGGCCCCACCCCCAUGUCCCUGCCCGCUGGCCCCACCCCCAUGUCCCUGCCCGCUGGCCCCACCCCCAUGUCCCUGCCCGCUGGCCCCACCCCCAUGUCCCAGCUCCGCCACAGACACCUGGCGGCCGAUGACUGCUUCCGCUACCUCUACGGAACCUUCCAGACCAACAUCACCAUCAUCGAACACAAGCACUUAAUCAACAGCCAGCCAGCCAAUUGGAUCGUGGACGUGUCUGCUGCCAAGUUGACCAACACUGAUAUCAGCUUCCUGGUCAAGUGCCUGGGCAGCACUCCCACCUCAGCCUGCACCAUCGUGUCGGACCCCUCUUGCCACCAGGUGAGGAGCAUCGUGUGUGAUGACGUGCCCCCAUCGUCGGAAUGCGAGGUGCGCCUGCGGAGGACCUUCUUGGAGCCAGGGACCUACUGUGUCAACAUCACCCUGGAGGACGCCAGCAGUCUGGCCCUCACCACCACCAUCACCAUCACCAUCAGCAACACUGACCCUGACACACCCGUGUCUAAAGCUCCUCAUGCUGCAGAGGUUGUCCUCUCCUCCAGUGCUAUUCUGGUAGCCAUCUUUGCCUUCACCGCCUUCAUGGUCUACAAGCGCUAUAAAGUCUACAAGCGGGUGAGGAGGUCCCUGGUGGAGGAUGCCAGCGGCAGGGGCCAUGUUGGGGUCGGAGGUCGUAUGAGCCGGCUGAGGGAGGUAAUAUUCCCCACCAACGAGGAGAGGAGUCGCCUGCUGUCGGACAGACGCCCCCUGUAGACCCUCCGACGGUACUACAGCAAUGGGCUGUAAAAUUGGGGUGUAUUCAGUGGUGUGCAACAUUUUGAAUGGUGCAGAUAGAAAUAGCAUGAAUAGAGCUUACUGGAUUUCCUUUCGUAUCUGACAGACAAGCAUAUCUGUUCUACACGAUACAUUUCUAUCUCAAUGUUCUGUAACUUUAUAUAAUCCUUAACAGACCCCAGGGUUUUUACUCAGAGGUUCUUCAGUACCAAAGUUAACUUUUAGCACAUUCAUAAAUGCAUCACAAAGAAGAUAUAUAUACCAAUAACCAAGAGAACUAACACUGUUAAUAGGUAAGAUAGCAAGAGAUACAUUUAACUUUUGAUAAUAAAUAUGAAAAUACAAAUGCCUUUUCUGUUUAGUUGACUUUGUUGUAGAAAAGCACAAGUACAGAGCCUAUAGAAAGUCUACACCCCCCUUACAAAGUGGGAUUAAAACAGAUUUCAUUGUACUUUUUUGUCAAUGGUCUACACAAAAUACUCUGUAAUGUCAAAGUGGAAGAAAAGCUCUAACAUGUUUUAAAGAUGAAUGAAAAAUAAAACACUGACAUACCUUGA